AUGAGCACUUAUGAAGAGAUUAAUAAAAAAUUUUCUUUUUUUUUUCGGCUUCAAAUGUUAAGUAUCACAGAAGUUCGAAAACAAGGAGAUUAUUUGAGGAAGUGUUAUCCUAACGAUUUACCUGUUACAUUUCCAAAUGAAUGUGUUCAUUUUAGAAGCUAUUUACUAACAAAGUCAAAUAAAGAAUAUAUACCUAAAACUGCUUUAGAAAUGUGUAAAAUGAUACAUGAUGAUGACAUUCAAUAUAUUUAUCCUUACGUCAACAUAGCACUCAGAAUGUUCUUAUGUUGUCCAGCAUCUAAUUGUUCAUCAGAGAGAUCCUUUAGUGCUCUAAAGAGAGUUAAAACAUAUCUGAGGUCUAGGAUGACUGAUGAUCGGCUCAAUAACUUGGUGAUACUUCAUAUAGAGUCAGAAAUAACAACUCAAAUACAAUAUGAUGAAAUUAUACAAGAUUUCAGUGAGAAAAAUCGAGGCGUAAAUUAUAAUGUUAAUAUGUUAUAA